AUGCUGGAUGCCUCCCCCACGGAUUCCACACAAACCUUGAAACAAAAAUACCGUGCCUUGGCAAGACAAACCCAUCCAGAUGCUCUCAUUGGUACCAGUAUCGACUCGGAAUAUCAACGAGAGCAGGCUUCCAUUCAAUUUGCCGAAAUCACUGCUGCCUAUAAGACUUUGAGUGAUCCAAAGUCUCGUUUGCAAUACGAUCGUACCCUCAAGGCCAAGGAGUUUACAGACAACCUCGUGGACUCGUUGGAAGGUGGAUUCCGAGUAGCCUUUAAAACGGCCUACCAAACGGCGGGAACGAUUCGAAAUGUGGGGGCGCAAUUGGACAAGGCACGAGAAGACACGGCCUACCGUCUGGAACUGGCAUCCAAGAUUGCUCAAUACAAUACCCAGAGCAAGACCUUGAAACAGCGUUCGAUGCAAGAAGACAACCGACGGAAAGAAUUGCAAGAGAGAUUGGACAAUCGAGGAAGCCGGGAACGUCACCCUUGGCUGGAACAAACGAACAGUAACGACAAGUCCAUGUCGUCGUACAAAUACAAGGGCCCGAGUGGUAGCUCUUCCCAAUCCCCACAGCUCCAACAAGAGCUUACCCCCGCCAUGGCAAACGACAUUGCCAAGAACUUGAAGCAAAAGUAUCAGACUAGCAACAAUAACAACAACGACAAUGCAGCUAGUAAUAGUAGCAACUUUGGGAAUCCUGCCACUAGCAGUAAGGACGAGGGGAUGGAGGAAACCUUGGCCAAGACGAUUGAUCGUCUGGCGCAAAUCGAAAUGGAAUAUCGAGAAAGCGCCCAAGCACAUGUUCAAAGCCAAAGGGAAAUGUCCAAAGCCCGAACGCAAUUGGAUCGGAUUCAAGAACAAGAAGAAAAGGCCUUGAAGGCUUUGGAAGCAGCUCAAAUAGCCUAUAACGAAGCCAAAGAAGCCACCCAACAGCAAGAACGCGAAUAUGGUGAAGUAUUGAGACAAGAACGGCUCUCGUAUUCCAACGUUGAAAAGUCCAAGAGUACAUUGACUCGCCAACAAGAUCGUACCAGGGAAACCUUGCGGCAAACGGAAGACAUGUACGUGUGGAAGGAAAAUUCGUGGCUUCGAGACGAAGCUCGCAAGGCCAAGUCACUAGCCCACAAGCUCCGAGAGAAAUCGGUCGAAUUGGAAAGAAAGGCAAACGAAUUGAAACGAGAAUUGGAUUCAAUAGGAAAAACAGAUCAAUAA